CGCAAGGGCAAUUUUAUCUGUAAAUUUUGACAAUUUAUGCACAAAUGCAUUACAUAUGAUUUCGCACAUAAAACCCCAGAAACAUUUGUAAAUGUUACCGUUUCAUUGAUUCAUAGGAUUUAUUUCAUUAAAAAACUCAAGCAUAAACCAAUGAUGCGACAUAUCCUUUCAAAGAAUUUUGCGAAUCCAAGUAAUGGCAUUAUGGGAUAUCUAGUGACUAAAUAUCUAGUUAAAACAAACAGGUUGGUGGAACAUGCAGCUGUAAGGUUAUGUAACAUUCAACCAGACGAUAACGUACUAGAGGUGGGUUUCGGUCCAGGUGUUGGUCUAAAUGAAGCUUUCAAAAUGGUUAAAGAUGGUUCUGGUAUAGUUCAUGGCAUUGAUAUCUCUAACAGGAGUUUUAAUACGGCUAGUCGAAACCUGAAACAGGAAAUCGCAACAGGGAAAGUAACACUCCAUAUGGCCUCGGUGACAGAUAUUCCAUUCGAAGCCAGUACAUUUGACAGUAUAUUUCAUACUAACUGUUACUUUUACUGGCCAGACAUGGACGCUGCAGCUAAAGAACUUCACAGAGUGAUUAAACCAGACAGGUUAAUGGUUACAUGCCACAAUCAUUCUCUAGUAAAAGAAAUAGCGAAACAUGGAUUCAUGCAAGGCGGAAAUAUCGACCCAGACAGAUACAUGUCCGCCCUUGAGAAAAACGGUUUCUAUGAUGUUAAUAUGAAAAGUGUUUCAUUUGAAAACAAAAACGUCGAUGCAAUUGUUGCAAAAGCUAGAAAAGACGUGACCUAAUUUAUCUAGGCAAUAAAUCUAAAAUAAUUAGCCCUCAAGAUAAACUGAUGAAAAUUUAAAAAAAAUUCUUUAAUCCUAAACUGUUGGCGAAAACAGAGUCUAACCAUGCAGACUUCAUUAUUAUAUUUUUAUUUGUUUUUUUUAUUUCUUUUUAAUUAUAAUAUUCUCUUUAGCCUAUUGGCUGCAGAGGGUUUUACCCAUAAAACAAGCAUUUUUAACUAUUUUGACUUUUUUUAAAAUCUCUGUUUGAUUUUCUUGAAAUAUUUUGUUUUGUCUGGAUGGGUGCAGCUGUAAUAUUCUUAACAUUCUUGUAUUGGACAGUGCAAAUAAAAAUUUUCAUCAAA